AUGGGAAUUGAGUUGGUACUUAUCAUGGAUGAACUUACUACUAAGAUAAUGGCUUGCGCUUGCACGUGCAGUGAUACCACUGAAGAGGGUGUUCCAUUUCUUGAAGUCAUCGAAAAGAAAAGACAAUCAUGGCCCUAUAUGGAUGCAAUAUACUUUAUCCGGCCUACCAAAGAGAAUGUUAACUUGUUCUUGUCAGACAUGUCUGGAGAAGCGUCAUCAUACAGGAAGGCAUUUGUUUUCUUCAGUUCACCUAUUUCGAAAGAUUUGGUUGGCCGCAUCAAGGAGGAUGUAUAUGUAUUAAAUCGCAUAUCUGCAUUGAGUGAGGUAAUGAAUUUAGAGUACCUUGCUAUAGGCAGCCAGGUAUGUUCACUCAUUUUGUAUAAAUCCCUUAUUAGGUUGAUUGUAUCUGAUAUCUCAUGCAAAGGUGUAAUGUGUUUGAAUGAGAUAGCUGCAGGAGUAGCCACAGUCUUUGCUUCUUUAAGGGAAUUUCCUAUCGUGCGCUACCGAGCUGCCAAGAUGCUUGAUGCCACGACGAUGACCACUUUUCCUGAUUUAAUUCCUUCAAAGCUUGCUGCUGGGAUCUGGCAUUGUCUCAUGAAAUAUAAAGAUACAAUUCCAGACUUUCCUGUGACAGAAUCAUGCGAGCUGCUUAUCCUUGACAGAUCUGUGGAUCAGAUUGCUCCUAUCAUACACGAAUGGACAUAUGAUGCCAUCUGUCAUGAUUUGUUAAAUAUGGAAGGAAAUAAAUAUGUUCUUGAGGUUCCAAGCAAAACUGGUUGUCUGCCUGACAAGACAAAUGUCUUGCUAGAUGAGGAUGCUGUCUGGCUUGAGCUUCGCCAUGUGCACAUAGCAGAGGUCAGUGAACGGUUGAACAAACUCACCAAUCUUCUUUCAACUAAUAAGGCUGCAGAAAUGGAGAUCUCAAGUAUGCUGCACCUUGGUGGUGCUAUUACUCAAAUUCUAACUCAGGGAGUGUUGAAACUUAAAACUUACGCAAUUGAAAAGAUAAGUCAAGCAUUACCACAGUAUGUCAAACAAAAGUACUGGCUUUCCCUUCAUUCAGAGAUUGCAAGCAAAAUCUACUCAAUCAGCAGGGAUGAGGGGCUUCAAGAGCUUGCGCAGCUGGAGCAGGAUCUUGUAUUUGGAUAUGCAGGAAUGAAAGAUGUGAUCAAAUAUCUGAGGACAAAAGAUGAUAUAAGAAGCGAAAAUAAGUUGCGUUUGUUGAUGAUUGUUGCUGCCAUUUAUCCUGAGAAAUUUGAGAGCAAGGAGGGUCAACAGAAUUGGAUGAAUUUGGCAAAAUUACCAUCACAAGAUAUGGCUGCCGUGAAUAAUAUCAAAAUUUUAGAGAACAGAAAGAGUUUAUCGAGAAUUUCUUUUCCAAAGUUAGAUUUUACCAAGAAGAAUCGCACCUCUCGGAAAGAGCGUCCAAGUGAGGCAACAUGGAAGUUUUCGAGCUUUUAUCCUAUUAUAGAGGAACUAAUAGAAAAACUUAGCAAUGGUGAACUGUCAAAGGAAGACUAUCCAUGUCUAAAUGAGCCAAAGCCAACUUUAAAUCAAUCUCCGCAGGCACAUUCAAUGAGAUCAAGACGGACUACGACAUGGGCCCAGCGUGGGAUUUCUGGUGAUGAGUGUUCGAGGUAUAAUAGCUUUUACUCCAUCUUCUGGCAUGCAUCCAGUGAUUUCAAGAAGAUGGGAAAACGCAUAUUUGUGUUUAUAGUAGGUGGAGCUACUAGAUCAGAGCUCAGGGUUUGUCACAAACUCACCGCAAAGCUGAACAGAGAAGUUGUUCUAGGCUCCAUCAACUUUUAUUACGGUAAAAAACUUACUAUUCUAUCCUUAAAGAAGCAGAUUUCUCCUGUAACAAGUAGUCGUACUGAAAAUGCCGCCAUUGAUGUCAUAUGCAGAAAAUGGCUGGAAGCUUUCUCUUCCUCGAAGGAUACUAACAAAGCCACAGCUACUUGUUUGGAGUUGUGCAACAGAUGGUCUCCUCCUCAUGCCAACUAUGUUAAGAUUAAUUUUGAUGCCUCUUGGAAGAAGAAUAGGGAUGCUACUGGUAUUGGUGUCUGCAUUAGGGGUCCCCAGGGUUGUUCUUUGGCAGGUUUGUACUCGGUUGGUAGUUUUAAUUCGGCAGUGGAGGCAGAGGCGGGAGCGGCUAUUUUGGGCCUCAACCUUGCGGCCAAAUGCAAUAUGAGAAACAUAGUCAUGGAAGGUGACUGUAAAGAAGUCAUUGAUGCCUUUGCCAAUCUCCACGCUGGUGACGAAAGCUGCCUCCCCCCUUUCUUACUUCACUAA